GUUUCGAUAGAAAGGUAAGUCGCGCGCACGGCUACUUUUCUUCUACCAUUUUCCGCAUCGGGUUCAUAUCUUCCGCAUUAGCUUCGAAUUCCUACAGGAACGCCUUUACAUCAUGUCUGCCCCAGUACUUCUCGUUCUUGGUGCUGGCCCAGGUAUUGGGCUCUCUGUCGCCAAAGCUUUCGCAGCCAAAGGAUACAAGGUUGCGACUGCAGCAAGAAGUCUGCAGGAUGGCGUGGACGAAGAUGGAUUUCUCCGUAUACAAGUUGACCUGGCACAAACGACUGAGGUCGAAAAGGUGUUCACGAAGGUGACGGAGACAUUGGGGAUACCACACGUCGUUGUGUACAAUGCUGCCUACCGAAUACCACGAGAUGCCCAAGAUCCCCUUUCCUCAAUCUCCCUCGAAGACGUGAAGAGCGAAUUCGCAAUUAACACCAUUGCGCCCUUAUUUGCGGCUCAAGAAGCCGUCAAAGGCUUCAAGCAACUUCCUAGCUCAGCGUCGCGGACUUUCAUCCAGACUGGCAACGCCUUGAACACCAUUGUAUUGCCGAGUGUUUUGACUUUUGGGAUGACCAAAUCUGCGGCCGCUCACAUGAUCCGUUCUGCUAGUGUUGGUUACAAGUCAAAGGGCUUCAAAUUCUACUACGCUGAUGAGCGGCAACCUGAUGGGGGUCCUACCAUCCCAGUGAAUGGCCCGGCUGCUGGGAAGGCGUACGUCGAACUUGCAGAGAACCCGGAGCAAGGACCGUGGGACUAUACAUUCAUCGACGGCAAGGGCUAUGCUGAGUUCAAGUAGCUUAAGAGUCGAUUGGCCAUUUGACUAAGCGUCUGAGCGAGGAAAGGUGCCGAAUUAACAGAAUCUCGUGGCUUUGCCUCCAGCGACUGAAGAAAUGAAAAUACCACAUCUACUGUGCACCAGGUCUAAAAAUAAGAGCUUAUCAUCUUCGCGUACUACUGUGCUGUGUUGCAAAGUGUGCGACUGCGGUUAUUCCGCUAGGGUGUGCUAGGGUGAUAGUAGUCUACUGUGAGCGAUUGCCACUUCGAGUCUUGAGACGGCGAUCACUCCUUAACUUCAAAUUAAGCACUCUGAC